ACUAUAAUGUUUCAAAACAAGAAAAAGAAGAUUGUCAUUAGUAACGUACUUGAAGAUGUUCACCCCAAAGACAACUCAAACUUUCUUUCACACUUCUUCUUUUGUUGGCAGCUACAAACCCUCUUCAAGGUUUCGAAAAACCGAAACGUUGACGAUAAGUUCACAAUCCCGGUAGAAGCACAAGAGUCACGACAACUAGGAGAAAAAUUUGAAAACACGUGGAAUCGGGACAAGAACCCUUCACUGAUGAAAACCUUGGUAAAAAUGUUCGGGCUCGAGUUUGCGUUGUGUGGUUUAAUUUACUCGAUUCCUGAGUUGUUGUCAACGUUUCUGCAGCCGGUGUAUCUAGGUAAAUUAUUAGAGUACUUUUUACACGAAACACCAACUACCCAAAACCAGGCCUUCGUCUAUGGACUAAUUAUUGUAACAUCUGUGGUUCUUCGGGUACUCAGUUUCCAAUUCUACAUGAUGGAAGCGUACUCCAUUGGUUUGAAAGUACGCACAGCGUGUUCUUCUCUCAUCUACAGAAAACUCCUCAGGUUUAAAAUUUUGACCAAACAGAAAAUUGCUUUAGGACAACUUAUCAACAUGUUGUCUAAUGAUGUUGAAAAGUACGAAUUUGCAACCGGUUUUUUUCACCGCAUGUGGAUUGCCGUGUUAAAACUAGCUAUAGGUACAACUCUACUGUCAUUAUCGUCUGGUCUAAAAGGAGUUGCCGGAAUCGCAGUACUAGGACUCAUUAUUUUCUUCCAAUGUUUCGUAUACAAAAUAGCCGCAACUCUUAGAACACAAAUAGUUAAAGAAAGAGACACCCGGAUAUCUCUAAUGAACGCCAUUAUUUUUAGAAUGCAAGCAAUCAAGAUGUACGUUUGGGAAAAACCCUUCGCACAGUUGGUACAAGCAGCCAGAAAAGCCGAACUUGAUCACAUCUCUAAACAGAGCUACAUUUUCAACGAAAACUUCACCUUCUUCUUCUACGUUAACAAAAUAUCCAUCUAUGUGUUCAUUUUGUUAUUGAUUGUUAGUGGUACCCCUCUAGAUCCAAAAGUUGUCUUUAUGACCAUGAAUAUUUACAAUUUACUUAUUUUGGCGGUCAAAGAUUUGAUGAUUGGGGCGAUUCCGUUGUCAGAAAUGAAAGUGUCGACGGGGCGGAUUCAAAAAUUUUUAUUCUUGGAUGAAGAUCAUGACGAAAACCCAGAAACUAAUCUGGGGGACUAUAGAAUAGUCGCGAGGAAAGUGGCAGCUAAAUGGGACCCACUAGGUGACGUGGGGUUGACUAAUAUAGAUUUUAAACUCCGAAGGGGUGAAUUGGUAGCCCUUGUAGGUGCUAUUGGUAGUGGUAAAAGUUCUUUAAUUUAUACAAUUUUGAAAGAGUUGCCUAUUUCAAGUGGUACUUUGUCUAGCGAGGGUUUAAUAUCGUAUGCACCACAAACUCCAUGGGUGGUUCCAGGAAGCAUCCGAGACAAUAUUACUUUUGGGGAAAGGUUCGACAACCAGAAGUAUCUCAAGGUUCUUAGAAUGUGUGCUUUAGAACACGACAUAUCUCGGUUACCACAUGGAGACAACACAUUAGUAGGAGAAAGAGGAACCUCGUUGAGCGGAGGUCAAAAAGCUAGAGUUAGCUUAGCACGAGCUGUAUAUAAAGACGCAGACAUCUACCUUCUAGAUGAUCCUCUAGCGGCUGUAGACACAUCUGUAGCCCAGACAAUUUUCACCCAGUGCUUUCUCAACCACCUAAAACAUAAAAGCAUAAUCCUGGUCACGAGCCAGUUGAAAUUUUUGAAAAACGUAGACAGAACAUAUGUUCUAGAAGACGGAAAAAUCAAAGAUUGUGGAAUAUAUGAAGCUCUAGUUGACGCUUCGUUACAAAAUGAAUCUAGAAUGUCGCAAACUUCUGAAACCAAGUUAGAAAAGUACACCAAACAGUCCGAAGUUAAAGAGGACGUUGGUAAUAGCACUACCAACACAUACAAAACUUAUUUGUUUCUUGGAAAACCCAAGCUCUUUAUUUAUUUGCAGUUGUUCCUUUUCGUCACGAGUCAAGCUUUUCUUAAUGGGUCAGACGUGUUUUUAUCUUUCUGGAUUAAUUUUAAAGGACCUUCCAGUGCUAACGAGUACAACCGUUUGUACAUAUAUAGCGGAUUUGUGUUGGUUGCGGCGCUUCUGUACCACUUCACCUCUUGGAGUUUUACAAAAUGUUGCAAGCAGUCAUCCAUAAAACUACAUGACACACUCUUCAACAAAAUUUUACAUUGUUCGAUGAAAUUUUUCAGUGACCAUGAUUCUGGACGAAUUAUCAACAGAGUGUCAAGGGAUAUGGCAAUCGUGGAUGAGUAUGUUCCUAUAUAUAUGUAUCAAACCAUCCGACUAUUGUGUGUUUUGUUGGGGGUUUGUUGCGUAGUGAUUGUCAUGAACUACUACGUAAUUUUUCCAACGGUAAUCCUGUGGGUGAUUUUUUGCUACUAUUUACGAAAUUUCCAACCCGGGCUCAACAGUCUCAAAAAAAUUGCAGUCACACGAAAAAGUCCGCUUUUUACUCACGUGGUUGCUACUAUGGAAGGCUUGACGACGAUCAAAGCACUAAAAGCUCAAACUCAUUGUCUGUCGAAAUUUGAAGACCACCAAAACCGUUAUAACUCAAUCGGGUAUUUGUAUCAAUCCCUGUAUCACGCAUUCAACUUCUGGAUUGAUUUUGCCUGCAUGCUGUACAUAGCGGUGGUCAUUUUUUGUCUAAUAAUCGUCAAACAAGAUGGAUUAGUUGGAAAUGUGGGAUUAUCAAUCACGGAAACAUUAUUACUGAUUGCGUCUGUUCAAGCCACCAUGAAAUUCUACAACGAUCUUGAUCUACAAAUGAUUUCAGUAGAACGGGUGGCUGAAUAUGGUGACCUGAUUGUAGAAGAGGACGAAGGCACUCUCAUCCCUCCACCAUCGUGGCCCAGUGCAGGCCAAAUUCAAUUCCAAUCCUUGUCCAUGCGAUAUUCACCCGAAAAACCCUACGUUCUCAAAAAUAUAACCAUCGAAAUCCAACCUGGUGACAAAAUAGGCAUCGUUGGUAGAACUGGUGCCGGAAAGUCGUCCCUCAUUUCCACCCUUUUUCGUCUAUACGAUUUCGAAGGAACCAUCUACAUCGAUGGUGUUAACACCAAACUCAUACCUCUGAGUACCCUUCGAACUAAAAUAGCAGUGAUUCCGCAAGAUCCGGUUCUCUUCGCCGGUACCAUUCGUACUAACUUAGAUCCACUUGAAGAGUUCACCGAUAACCAACUAUGGAGUAGUUUGGAGGAAGUGAAUUUGAAAACGACAAUUUCAAAUCUGCCUUCAGGUUUAGACAGUCCUAUUUUGGAAAGUGGUUCCAAUUUUAGUGUAGGGCAAAAGCAAAUUUUGUGUUUGGUGAGGGCCGUCUUGAAGAGGUCUAUGGUGGUGGUUCUUGACGAAGCCACGGCUUUUGUGGAUUUGGAAACUGAUAAGUUGAUUCAAGCUACUAUUAAGAAACGGUUUCAACAAUCAACGGUUUUGAAAAUCGCUCAUAGGUUGGACACUGUGAUGGAUUCGAACAAGAUUUUGGUGAUAGAUGAUGGGUGUGUUGUGGAAUUUGGGAGGGCGGAGGAGCUUCUGAGAAAUAGUGAAGGGUACUUGUAUAAAUCUGUGUAUGAAGGUUGAUUAAGUUGUGCUAUGUAGUGCAGGGUUAAUAAAAUAAUGUAAAUAUAUAUGAAUGAAUGAAAA